AUUUUUUGGCAAACGCUCGACAGGCAACGAGCAAUGUAGACGUUGUCGAUCGCGAGAGCUACCUAGAAUUCUGUUGCAAUGGACUUCGAGAGUGUGCUAGACAAAUGUGGCAGCUUUGGACGCUAUCAGUUCGUCUUGCUGGCUCUCUAUGGCUAUACGAAUAUACUUUCGUCAUUUCAUUAUUUCUCGCAGACCAUCAUCAGCUUCACGCCGCCACAUAGGUGCGUGCCCGCAGAUACACCCGAUGUUUACGCAUUCGUAAAUAUCACAUCCUCUGAACGAUGCAGAUACAUUGAAUGGAAUCCUGAGCUGUUAAGAAACCAGGAAACCAAGUGCCAGUCUUGGCAAUUUGAGCGCGAAAGCAAUUAUGAGAGCAUUACAACAGAGCUGAAAUGGGUCUGCGAUGAUGCCUACAAAUUGGCCGUGGGUCAAUCGUUCUUCUUCGUUGGCUCCGUACUGGGCACCAUAUUCUUUGGCUAUCUGGCGGAUCGCAUUGGCCGACUAAAGGCAUGUAUGCUGACUACUUUGACGGGUGCCUUCGGAGAUUUUAUCACAUCUUUCGUGCACUCGCUGCCAUUCUUCUCGGCUGGCCGUUUUAUAGCGGGCCUAUCCACGGAUACCCAGUACAUCCUAAUGUACAUAUUGGUAUUUGAGUAUCUCAAUCCCAAACGUCGUACUCUGGGACUCAAUAUCGUUCUGGCUGUAUUCUAUUGCGUGGGGCUGAUGGUCUCCCCUUGGCUGGCCAUUUGGGUGGGCACUUGGCGCCACUAUCUGUGGGCUGCCUCAUUGCCGGCAUUGGGCGUGCUCUGCUAUCCGUGCUUGCUCUUCGAGAGCGCCGAGUGGUUGUUGACCAAGCGCCAAUUCGAUAAGGCAGCGGAGUGUCUGCGCCGCAUCGCCAAGUUCAAUGGACGUCAGGUGGAUGAAUAUGUGUUUGAUGAGUUUAUUAAGUUCUAUCAUGAAAAACUGAACGAGGAGCAGAAAAGCACAACCGAUACUUUCAUGGGCAUGCUGAGGACGCCACGAUUGCGCAAAUUUACCAUCAUACUGUUCAUUAAGUCCAUGAUCAUCACGGUGGCCUUUGACAUACUCAGCCGCAACAUGGAGGGCAUGGGCACCUCGCCGUUUAAGCUCUUCUCAUACACGGGCAUCACGUACCUGCCUGCCGGGCUGACCAUCAUACUGUUCCAGAACUACAUCGGUCGCAAGGGCAUGGCCUGCGCCUCCUUAUUUGUGGGCGCUGUCAUUACGGCCUUGACGGGCUAUUUGAUAGCCAGCCUGAACCCAGCAGAACAUUCAAUUGUCUUGGCCUUCAUGGUGGGCUUGGGCAGAUAUGGCGGCGUUGUAGCUUACGACGCGGAGGCUCAGUAUGCCGCCGAAAUUAUACCCACUAGUGUGCGCGGUCGAGGCAUGUCCAAUAUACACGUUGUGGGCUAUGCAUUUGGUUUCUUUAGCUCAUAUAUCAUUUUUCUGGGCACUUUUUAUAAACCUCUGCCGUCACUUUUUAUCAGCUUGCUAAUGUUUAUUGGCUCCGCCUUGUGUCUGACGCUGCCGGAAACGGUGAAAAAGAAGCUGCCCCAAACAUUGGCGGAUGGUGAGACCUUUGGCAUAGGCGAAAAAUGGUAUUACUUUCCCUGCUUCAGUCAAAAGAGGAAGCUGGCCGAGCAGACGAUGACUGUUGCGUCUAUAGAAAAUACUCAUAAGACAAUUGUAGCCAAACAGUUCUGAAAUAAAGUUUAUAAUUUAUGGUA